AUGGAGAAGGGAGCUGAAACCGUCACCAAGGUGGUUGCGUCUCGCACUGGCGGCCUCAUCGUUCUGAACGCGCUCACCAUGCUCUAUGCCAGCAACGGCACGGUGAUCAAGGGAGCAGAGGAAGCCGCGGGAGGGCCGCUGCAGUUCUGUCUGGGUCGCUUCGCCAUCGCUGCACUUGCACUCUCUCCGCUGCUCCCCACCGCCCUCUCCAACCCCGCUGUCCGUCGAUGCGGCAUCGAAAUGGGCCUCUGGGCCGCUCUCGCAUACCUCUCCCAGGCCUUCGCUCUCAUCACCACUGGCGCUGGCCGCGUGGCAUUUAUCGGCACUUUCACUAUGAUAGAGGUGCCGCUGGUGGCGGGUCUGCUGGGGGCGCGCAUCCCUCCCCUCGUGUGGGCUGCCACUGCCUCCGCCGUUGCUGGCGUUCUCCUCCUCGAAGCCAACUCUGAAGCCUCCACGCUCGUGAGUCCACUCAGGCCCCUCAAACAUCGACCUGUACCUGUGCUCCAUGCCCUCCGCACCCGCUACUGUCUCAGGCCGGUGGGGGGGGGUCUGGCACUGGUGAGCGCCAUGGCGUUUGGGCUGCUCAUGGUGCGAUCGGAGCACUUUGCAAAGACUAUGGGUGACGGCCUGGCUUUGGUGAGCGCGGUGGCGUUUGGGCUGCUCAUGGUGCGAUCGGAGCACUUUGCAAAGACUGUGCCCGCCACAGCCAGUCUUGACCUCAUCGCCCUUCAGGUGAUGUGA